UUUGAAAAUUUAAAUUUUGGAAGGGCGGGAAAGUUUUCUUGUUGUAAAUUUAAUUUUAUGGUGCAAUAAAAUUGGACAAAAUGAGGGACUAUUUUUGUUUCCUUUGUCCAACAGUUAGGGUGAUUAAUUGUUCCGUAUUUUUUCUGGACGACCACACAUGUGAAUUUCCUAUGGAGGACAAUAAUACCGGUCAAAUGUUAUUGGAAGAAGUUUUUCAUCAUUUAAAUUUAAUGGAAACAGCGUAUUUUGGAUUACGAUACUUGGAUUCACGAAACCAAACACAUUGGCUAGAUCCCACAAAAACGUUACAUAAACAAUUAAAUUGGAAUACAUCGACGAGUAAUCGUAAUACGGAUACAGUUCCGACUUAUGUACUAUAUUUUGGUGUGAAAUUUUAUGCUGUCGAUCCAUGUAAAUUAAUCGAAGAAAUUACUAGAUAUCAAUUUUUCUUACAAGUUAAACAAGACGUUUUACAAGGAAGAUUACCUGUUUCCUUUGAAAUGGCUGCGGAAUUGGGUGGUUACAUAGUGCAAUCGGAAUUAGGCGAUUACGAUCCUCAACAAUUAGCACCCGGUUAUUUAUCAGAAUUUCGAUUUCUACAUAGCCAAACAGUUGAAUUAGAAAAUCGUAUUGCUGAAUAUCAUAAAGCUAAUGUAGGAAUGCCACCAUCUAUGGCCGAAUUAAAUUACCUAGAAAAAGUCAAAUGGUUAGAAUUAUAUGGAGUCGAUUUACACGCAGUAUUAGGUGAAGAUAAUGUUGAUUAUUUUUUGGGCCUAACACCGAGCGGUAUUGUUGUGUUACGUAAUACGGCGAUUGUUGGUAAUUAUUAUUGGCCAAGAAUUACAAAAAUUCAUUUUACUGGUUGCUAUUUUAUGUUACGGGUCGCUGAUAAAAAUAACGAUGAAAGUACGUAUGGAUUUGAAACACCAUCGAAAGCAGCUUGUAAGCAUCUAUGGAAAUGUUGCUUAGAACAUCAUGCUUUUUUUCGAUUGUAUCAAGUUUCACCGAGUACCGCCGCUGAUAUUUUUGGUUUAGGAUCACGAUUUCGAUUUAGUGGGCGAACGGAAAAACAAGCUGCCCAAGAUGCAAAAUUAUGUGUUCGUGCGCCACCAUCGUUUUCUAGAACACUUUCUCAUCGACGAAAUGCUGAUGGUACAAAAUCAGAACGAAAUGGAGAUAAUAGUCAAAAUAAAGAAAUUAAAUUAGUUUCAAUACCUCAACCGGUUCAAAUAUCGGAUAAUCCGUAUAGAUCAUUAACAAAUAUCGGUACAACUAGAUCUCAAAAAUCUGAGCUUGGUGGUGGAAACGAUUCGCCACGGAGUACAAGAAGUGCUCCAUGGACUCAAUCCCAACAGCAAAAAGGUUUAUAUGGAAAUGGCGGUACCACACAACGGUCACCAAGUUCGUUAGAUGCAAUUGUUUCGACCUUACAACGAUCACAGCAAUCGAAUAUACGACAGCGAUCAUCCUCGGUGGAUAGUCAUAGUUCAACGGAUUCGAGAAGUAUGCGUGGCGUUAAAUAUCGUCAUCAUCAAAGUCGUGCACAUUCCGAUAAUGAAAGUGAAUUAUCAAAGAGUUCGAAUCGUUCACGACGACAUCGACAUUCAUCGGGACAUCGAAGAUCUACAGGCACCGAUAUGGAUCCUUCACAAAUGUCUUCCUCCAAGUAUGAGGAUUUAAAAUUAGUCGAAUCGAAACAGCAAUGGCGUGAGGUACAAAGAUUAAAGAACGGUCGAAGUGUUCAACAAGCGAACAUCGUAACAAAUCGUCGAUCGAGUGUUGUAAAUAGUUGUCAUGAAUCCGAAUCAGAAAUGUCGUAUCGACAGAAUGCUUCACGACGUCAUCGAAAGCAUCGAUCCAGAUCACGAUCACCGGCCGAAGCAAAAGCACCAUGGUUAAGUGAAGAAUUAAAGAAACAUGUGGAGUUCGAUUUAAUUGAUACAACUGGCAUGUCGCAGGCCCAACUCAAAGAAAUACCGUACACGGUCGUUAAGACCAGUCAUGCGAAACAAGUCAAAUUAAAAUAUGGUACAUCCAAUUCGAAUAAGAAGAACCUAAAUGUACAGUCAAAAUCGUCGCAUAUGAUACAAAAUCCAGAAUAUAGUCGAAAUACAAAUGGUGCUGUUCCUGGCUUUAAUCAUGAGCAUACCGAUUCAGGUUUAGGCGGUGAACAAGAAUACGAGGAUAGAUGGAUCCAAUCAGCACGUCGAUACGACCCAACCCGUUCCUCUGCGUCAACAACGCAUGACGUAACUACCUCAGUCCACAAUCCAAAUCCAAAUAAUAUAAAUAAUAAUCCAAAUAAUGCAAUAAAUAAUUGUGUAAGUAAUAUGAAUAUGAAUAUGAGUAUGGGUAUGGGUCUUGAUCCAUCGAUCCAUCGAUCCACACAGUCGUACGUAGGUCAUGACGAUCCACAUCGUAUUUUGAAUACCAAUACCAAUACGUCAUCGGCUACGUCAUCAUUUGUGAGUAAAACUUCAUCUAGAUUACAAUUAGGGUCAGGCAUUGGCACAGGCGCUACAACAUCUAAAUAUAAUAAUAUGCUGACAUCCGCUUCCUCUUCUGCUUAUAAUCAAACUCUUUUGGCAAGUAGAGGUUCUUCUGUUAAUAGAGAUUUAUCUGUGAGACUUUUUGCCACUUUGGAACCGAAACACAAUUCUGCUUCUAAUAAUAGCUUUAAUCAUAAUUUAUUACCUUAUAUUGGAACAAAUUAUAUUAAUCAAAAUCAAAACCAAAAAAUACAAUACGUUCCAAAUAAUACGACGUCCACGUCCAAUGAUCAUGGUCAUGGCUCUAAUUAUUUGGGUUAUGGUAGUUUGGGUCGCGUAUUUGUACAUCGUGACGGACCAUUAAGAUUACGCAAGAAUCAUGUUGUUUAAAACGUCCGAAAUUGUAAACGUUAUAUGGCAAAUGAUAAUCAUCGAUAUGAUCAAAAUCCAAAUUUAAAUAAGAAUACGUUAAAUAAAUCGAAUGGAAAAAAUGGCGGACCUGUGGGAGCCACUGAAAUGACC